UGUGUUGCUGAAACCUUUCGCCAUACCUUUGCUGUCGUCUGCAUCCAUCCGAGAAAAGUCAAGCUCAUUGUUCAUUAAUAAAUUUUAGAUACUUUAACGACAAAAAUGGGAAAUUUGAAGAAACGAGAUAUGACAGAUUCUAGUGAGGAAUUUACUCUGGAGCAAGAGGCACUUAUACGUCAAUGGCUUGAGUACCGGAAAGUUGUAUUGGAUAGAUUGAACCCACAACAACCAGUACCGCAUUCCAUAUUUCAAGAGCUUAACAAUCAAUUAAAAAAUACAAGCUAUUUGGCCGGGAACAAAUUCUCCAAGGCAGAUGCUGAACUUCUAUCAGGACUAAUAGAAUUUUAUGGUCCCCAAAGCAUACAAUUGAAGGAGAAAUACCCUCAUCUUUCCAGAUGGUUCAGACAUGUUCAACAAAUUACUAAUGAUAAAGUCUCAAUCACAAUCCCAUUCAGCAGAAGCUCAUUGUAUUGAGUGUUCUUGGACAAAUAAAGAAAAACAGAGUCACAGCAUA